AUGAGAUCCAAAUCAGAAUAUAGCUUUGUGAAUCACGCGCUUCCACAUGCGAGAUCAAAAAGGAGUUUAACUCAUACAAGAAAACUUAAAUCAGAUCCUCUGAUUUCCACAGCAAUCCAGCAACCUGGGUUCGUUAGAGUAAAAAGAGGUUACAAGCCUCUAAAAGUAGAAAAUUUGGUGCAAAACAUUGAGCCGCAUCAGGAUCCGACGGACCCGUAUUUUCCUUACCAAUGGUAUUUGAAAAAUACCGGCCAAAAUGGCGGAAAAGCCAAAUUGGAUCUCAAUGUGGAAGCUGCGUGGGCCCAAGGAAAAUCUGCUAUCAUAGAGGAUCUUCGGCAAAGUAUCCAACGCCUUACUAAACAACAGGCUGGAGUAAAGGAGAGUUUUAAAUCUGUUUCUGCCUCGUCGCAAACAACUUCCACUUUCUUCAAAGAUAAGGAAAUACAGACUGAAACUCAUAGGGUGCCUUCCACCACUGAUGAUCGUACCGGAAAAUCAGAUAAUUAUUCUGCUACCACUAGUGAAACUCAAACAUCGGUUUCAUGUUUAAAAAAUACCUUAUCGGCUGAGGUCUACGAGGAAGUUUUAAGUGAUGCGCUGUUUGUGUACAACAUGACGCGUAUUCAAGUACCUCGCUCAACCCAGACAGAGCCAAAUGGUCUAUUAAACAAUCAGUCGGACUUUUUCCACACCAGUGACAAACUGCAUCAACCCUCCGAGCCCCUAACUAAACCCAGUGAAUCAAGCUAUCCUUCAAAUAUUGAGGAGAUACCAGAUCUAAAACUAAAUAACAUACAAACCGAGCAGUUGAAGAGUAUUGACACUUCAUCUUCAAGAGCUCCUAUAAGAUCGAGAAAAAGAAAAGCCAAUACUCAAAGGCAAGGAUUGGCUUACUUGGAGGCAUACGAUGCAAACCAAGGGGCAACAAAAAAAAAGGAAAUGGAAUUGGAAGAGAAGAGAUUGGCGCUAGAAGAGAGGAAAUUGGCCAUAGAGGAGAGGAAAAUAGCUCUCCUUGAAAAACAAAUGUCCACCGCUGACAAUCACACAAGAAUGCUUAUUGAGUUGGCAGACAAGAAGUUGACUGCAGAAAUUGACCAAAGACAGCAGUUAGCAGACAACGCAAAAGCAAGUUUCGAUUUCAGCAGCAACGACCCUUAUCCAUACCCUCGCUACACAGACGACUGGUUUAACAGCCACGGUACAAGAUGUGCCGGAGAAGUAGCAGCUGCAAGAGACAACGGAAUUUGUGGAGUUGGAGUAGCUUACGACUCAAAAAUAGCAGCCCUUGCUUAUUUGCCAGAAGAAACAUUACAAGAUGCAUGGCUUAUUAUAACGGAGAAUGCACCAAAUGACCCACUCUUAGACAAAUUCAAUGAUUAUUUUGUUGAUCAGUGGUUGGACAAUGAUUUGUUUUGGGUAAUCUACAAGGAGGCAUAUAGGACCACCAAUACAGUAGAGGGCUGGCACAACAGACUCAAGAAGAGAAUGGGAAAAGCCAUUCCAAAUUGA